UAAAUCUAGCUAACUUUACUCAAAUUCUCUACUGGACGACUCCAACCAACCCGGAACUUUUAAGUCAACUAAUCAUUCCUAAAAAGUUAUUGCAAGAAGUUUUCUCUUGUUUUUCCGAACAGUCUAUAUGUUUCUCUAAGAUAAGUCACUUCUGUGGACUGAGCAGGUUCUUUCUGGGGCCAAAAAGGACACUUUCAAAUGUUUCACGCUCCGACUGCGGCGGUUCCUGCAGGACAGUAACUGGCCCUCGACUUGUCUUCUCAAACCAGGGAGAGCAGUGGAGCCAAAAGGUGCCAACAUGCCACAACAGAAGGACAUAGUGAAGAUAGCCAUCCAGAUGCCUGGGGCCUACCCCCAGCUCAUACAACUGGACCAGAAAAAGCCUCUGUCUGCUGUAAUAAAGGAGGUGUGUGAUGGCUGGAAUCUCCCAGGUCCUGAUAACUACGCUCUGCAGUAUGCAGAUGGAGUACAGAUGUACAUCACUGAAUCGAACCGUUUGGACAUUAAGAAUGGCUGCAUUCUGCGUCUGACCAAGGCACCGGGCCGCUGUGCUGAUGACUUGUUCAAGGGCAUCCAGAGCUCGGAUGCGGGCGUGCGAUGUGAUUCACUGAAGGAACUGGCAAGCGUUUCCACAGAUGUGACAUUUGCUCAGGAGUUCAUCAGCCGAGACGGACACCUCUUAUUGGUCAAGAUAGUAGAAGACUCUAAUGAGAGCAACGUGAUCAUGACACACACACUGACAGCCUUCAUGGAGCUCAUGGAUCAUGGGAUAGUUUCCUGGGAGAACCUCUCGUCUGUCUUCAUCAAGAAGAUUGCCAGUUUCGUCAACGCCAAGCCAACUGAUGCAUCCAUUCAGCAGGUGUCCCUGGACAUCCUGGAGAGCAUGGUGCUGAGCAGCCACAGCCUCUUCCUGCAGGUCAAACAUGAAGUCACUAUGGAGAGGCUCAUCGCUCACCUCCAAGUGACGAACCAGCAGAUACAGACCAAAGCUAUGGCCCUACUCAUGGCGUUACUACAAACAGCCGGGGACUCAGACAGACAGGACAUGUUUGCGUUCCUGAAUAAGAAGAAUCUGCGCCAGUACAUUUAUAAAAACAUCAUCCACAGUUCUGGCUCAGUCCAGGACGAGAUGGCCCACUACCUCUACGUCCUGCAGUCAGUUACUCUGAAUCACCUGGAGCCUCGCAUGAGGACACCGCUGGACUGUUAUAGCCAGGAGCAGAGAGACAUCCUUCAUGGUUUACGUCAGGCAGCAUUUGAGACGGAAAGCGAGAACAGUCUGAGCCACGAGAGACGCCGGUCACUCUGCGCCAAAGAGUUCAAGAAGUUAGGCUUCUCUAACAAUAGUAACCCUGGUCAGGAUUUGGUGCGAACGCCUCCUGGUCUUCUAGCUUUGGACACCAUGUUUUAUUUCGCCACACGCUAUCCUGACGCCUACAGCAGGUUUGUCUUGGAGAACAGCAGUAGAGAAGACAAACAUGAGUGUCCAUUUGCCAAGAGCAGCAUCCAACUCACACUCAUCCUCUGUGAAAUCCUUCGUAUCGGGGAGCCACCCUCGGAGACAGGAUCUGACUACCACCCCAUCUUCUUCAGUCAGGAUCGACUGAUGGAGGAACUUUUCUGCAUCUGCAUUCAGCUGCUCAACAAGACCUGGAAGGAGAUGAGAGCCACACAGGAGGACUUUGACAAGGUGAUGCAGGUGGUGAGGGAACAGAUCACCAGGACGUUGUCCAGUAAGCCGACCUCUCUGGAGCUCUUCAAGAACAAAGUAAAUGCUCUCAACUACAGCGAGAUCCUCAAACUGCGGCAGACAGAACGGCUGCACCAAGAGGAGACCCUUGCUCCACCCGUACUUGAGCUCAAAGAGCGACUGAAGCCAGAGCUGCUUGAGCUUAUCCGCCAGCAGAGACUCAACAGGCUGUGUCAGGGAACAAUGUUCAGGAAAAUCAGCAGCCGACGCAGACAGGACAAACUGUGGUACUGCCGCUUGUCACCCAAUCACAAAAUGCUUCACUACGGUGACGUGGAGGAAGACAUGGACAAUCCACCAAUCGAAACACUGCAAGAGAAGAUUCCAGUAGCAGACAUCAAAGGCUUGCUCACAGGAAAAGACUGCCCUCACAUGAAGGAGAACAAAGGCAAACAGAACAAGGAGGUGCUGGACCUGGCAUUUAGCAUCACAUAUGAUGUAGAAGAGUACAGCCUGAACUUCAUUGCCCCCUCCAGAACUGAUUUCUGCUUGUGGACAGACGGACUGAGCGUUCUGCUCGGACGGGAUAUGGGUAGUGAAUCAAUGCGCAGCGAGCUGGAGAUCCUCCUCUCUAUGGAGAUCAAGCUCCGCCUCCUGGACCUUGAGAACGUCCCCAUCCCUGAAAGUGCGCCGGUCGUCCCCAAACCGCCAAGCAACUACAACUUCUGCUACGACUUCAGCCAGACUGAGCAGUAGAGUAUGUGCACUGGUUGGAGAGCAACUAGGACGUGUUAAUGUGUAAAUACAUACGUGUGUGUGUCUGAAUGAGGCGUGCGUUUGACAAGAGCUGACCUGCGCAUACAUGCACUUAUUCCUAUAACAGAUUUAUAUCCCUGACAUUAAAUUCUUCUUCUGUGGUCUUCUACAUCCAAGUGAAACAAUGAACAAGUGCAAAACAUGACUUUAAACUACAUUAGUGGUUGUGUUGUGCACUGCUGCCAGCUGGCUGUUGACUGUACCAAUGCUGCACAUUAUCACUGCUCCUCUUGGAGAGAAUGUUUUUCAUGAUUGCUCUUCCUCAGAUGUCUGGAAGCUUCAACGCAGCUCCAAAAGCAACAGAGAUGGGGAAAAAUGAAAUUCUUCUUAUACGAUACAGCCACUCAAGUAAUGGUACUUUAAUUUAGUUUUGUAAUUCUUUUAUAUUUCUAAAUAUAUCUAAAACUACGUAUGAUACAUGGAAUACUCCUGAGUGUGUAUGUACAUGUGUGUGUGUGUGUGUAUGUGUGUGUGUGUGUGUGUGUGGGCUCAUUACCGGUUGGAGCUGUAGACGCUUUAAUCUUUGUCUCAGUUCUGGGUGUUUGGUUGCUUUUCUUUAAUGGUCAGAAACUACAACAGCUUUUUAACAUGUGGGACGUUAGAUUUCCAACAUGUGAAAGAUAGAUUAUGUUUUCUUCUUUGUUGGACAACAUUUUACUUAAAUAUACUUACAGGUACUCUACUCUGUGUGGAUUCCAGUGGAUCAGAGAUGCUCUGAAAGCUCUGUAUGACUGCAUUAGGUACCAAACUCACUUUUUUUCCCUCUUGGUUUUUAAACAACAACAUGCCACAGUCAAUAGUCUGGCAAUGAGAAAAACUUGUAACAAGUUUUAUAUCCAACCAGAAAUAGUCCCAGCAAAUAUGUAUGAUACAAUAUGCAAUCAGUGAUAUUUUUCCCAGCUGUCCUGUAUCGAAUCCUGCAUUAAUUCAAAAACCGAUCAGUUUUAUGUGCUGUAAUGUACUGUAUAAUACUAUGAUGGAGGCAACACUCUCACUCACCAUGCACACAUUGGUGACCCUGAAAGCAGCUACUCAAGAACUGACCCAGGUUUGCACAUAGUGUGUUUGAGUGUUUUCUGCCUUUAUUUAGCAUCGGGUUAUUUUAUUUUAGCACAGUCGCUACUGUGCAUUCCUGACACACAGUGCCCUGCGAUAAUGUUCACUUUGAAUCAUGUGCUUUGCAUGACUUCACAUGAAUAAAAAGUAUGAAUCAUACAGAGAAAAAAAAACCCUCAUGUGUGUUUUGCUCAUAGCAUAGAAGCCAAACUUUGGUUUAUUUAUAAAAAUGAACAUCUUUUAUCAUUGAUCUUUCAUCGUUACAAUCUGUAAGUCUUCCUCUGUCAAAGCAACUCAGACAGCAUUAGAACAGUACAAAAUUAAUAAACAAAGGACAUAUAGUUUAAAGUGAUAUUUCUCUAAUUAGGCUACAGUGCUAAACCAAGAUAACAAAUAGAUGAAUUCAAAUUAAUCUGACACUACAGUUUGUACUGUUAUGGUAAGUUUGGAGUAUCCACCAAAUAUCCAGAGAUUUUCAUUGAAAAAACAUACCACUGUGAGAUGAUUUGUCUGCAAUUUGUGGGAUGAUGUUCCCUUUCAAUAAAUUCCUUAAGUCUAAGACUCGGUUGGACUACAUUA